GUCCCAGCCCCCACGCCUGGCCGCCCCCUCCUCUCCCUGCAGUGAACUUUGGAGCCCCGCAGCGCGUGAGCCAGGCGCCGGGCACUGGGUGGCCCCAAGGGCUGGGAGGCCAGGUCCAGGGUUCUGGAAUAUAUGACGAGACAGCGGUGGGUUUCUCUUUACAGUAGACCAACCUAGAUCCCUAAACCUCCGUGGCGUCCUGGGAGGUGUGUGUUGCCCUGCCUUCUGCCUCAUGAGCCAGAGCUCUUAAGCUCCUUCCCGGCCAGGGGAGAACGGGUGGGGUGGUAUCUAGGGUGUCUAAGACAUCGCGAUCUCCUGAGUCCAUUUGGAACCAGCGUGGGCUUUGGUUCUGCCCAGGACCCGGCCUGCCCUAGUGGUGUGCGCCCUCGAUCUCAGGAUAUCCACGGAGACCUUUGGAGAGCGUUCUGGUCCCACCCAAGCUUCUGCUCUGGGCUAGGGUGGGCACCUCGGGGUCGUGCUGGACGGUCCAAAAGCACCUUGUAUCUUGGGGCCCAGAGAGAGACAGAGACACUUGAGAGACAGGCAGACAGACAUACGGUAGGUUCAGACGCUUGGAGUACAGACAGGACUGGGGCGCGCGCGCGGGGGAGGGGGGGGGAGAGUUCUUAAGGAAUCCAGCCCCAGGGGCGGUGUGUGUGUGUGAGGCCCGGCCAUACCUGCGCCGGCGCCCUGCGAGAGGAAGCACCUCUCUCCCCCGCAUGCAGGCUGCGGAGCGCGCGCCUGCAGAAGCCUAGCUGCAAGGGAGGUGGGGUAUGGAAACGUCUGCGGGAGCGAUCAGGUGGGAUCGGUGCCCCUACCCCUCCCAGCCUCACGUAGCAGGGGACCCCAUUCCAGAGGAACUCUAUGAAAUGCUGAGUGACCGCUCCAUCCGCUCCUUUGAUGACCUCCAGCGCCUGCUGCAUGGAGACUCCGUAGAUGAAAAUGGGGCCGAGCUGGACCUGAACAUGACCCGAGCCCACUCUGGAGGAGAGCCAGAAAGCUCAUCUCGAGGGAGGAGGAGCCUAGGUUCCCUGGCAGCCGCAGAGCCCGCUGUAAUCGCCGAGUGCAAGACGCGCACAGAGGUGUUCCAGAUCUCACGGAACCUCAUCGAUCGCACCAACGCCAAUUUCCUGGUGUGGCCACCCUGCGUGGAGGUGCAGCGCUGCUCUGGCUGCUGCAACAACCGCAACGUGCAGUGCCGGGCCUCGCAAGUGCAGAUGAGGCCAGUGCAGGUGAGAAAGAUUGAGAUUGUACGGAAGAAGCCAAUCUUCAAGAAGGCCACAGUGACCCUGGAGGACCACCUGGCCUGCAAGUGUGAGACAAUAGUGACCCCUCGGCCUGUGACUCGGAGCCCUGGGACAUCCCGGGAGCAGCGAGCCAAGACACCUCAAACUCGGGUGACUGUUCGGACGGUGCGAGUCCGCCGGCCCCUCAAAGGGAAGCAUCGAAAAUUUAAGCACACACACGACAAGGAGGCACUGAAGGAGACCCUCGGGGCUUAGGGGCAUCGGCAAGCGUGUGGGCAGGGUUAUUUAAUAUGGUAUUUGCUGUAUCGCCCCCAUGGGGUCCUUGGAGUGAUAAUGUUGUUCCCCUCGUCCGUCUGUCUCGAUGCCUGAUUCGGACGGCCAAUGGUGCUUCCCUCAUCCCGCGUGCCCGGCCACCUCCACCAGCAACAGUCCUUCGGCCCGUCCUGGAGCUGCGACUCCAGAAGCAAACAAAGGGCUCCAUUCCAUGCUGCUUCUUCCCUUGACCCCGAGAACGUGGGACAAGUGUGCGGGAGCCUCACGGGGGACUGUGGACUGGCCCCAGGAGCCUGGGAUUUGGUCUGAGAGCCUCUGCAUGUCCCGCCUGAUUCCUGGACCCCUGGCCAGCCAGCAGGGAGCACUUUCAGGCAGGCUAGGGUCCCUUGUAGUCCUGUGGCCAGGACCACAGGGGGAGCACAGACUAGAGGAAACCUCUCAGCACCCGGAUCCGCCACUCAUCUCUCCCUGUCCCCUUAGCCCAUAGUGGCUUUUCAUUUUAUAAGUAUGAAAUCAAGGAAGAUAACGAACUCCUCUGGGCAGGUGGCCACAUGCCUUCUCUGAUGGAUUGGAGAUGCAGUGUGCUUGUGACCUGGGCCACAUCCCCUGCCUCUUUCCACCUCCCUUGCAUCUCUCUUGUUUCAUUUCUCUACCUCCGCUCUGUGUCUUCUUCCUCAUGUACCCUUCAGUCGGCUCCACCAGGGGUGCUGAUUGAGGCUCUGAACGACCCUACCAUUCUCCCUUAAGGCAGGAGACCCGUCUGUCUUAUUCCUCUCCAGCCAAGACAGCCACGUAAGGUUGUGUGGGAUGUGUAUUGCACAUGGGCACUGCAUGUGGAGAAUUCUGUUCACACCCUAAACAUGGCCGAUUUGUCUAUUAUGACCUUCUAGCAGAUGUAUGUCAAGCCUCUGAGGAAAGGAGGCCGUGUUUUAAUUCACACUGACGCCCUAUGCAGACUGGCUGUGUGCGCGCUGACCCAGCCUGAAGCUCAGAAUGAGCCUCAGGUGCUGGGGGAGCAACACAGUCUUUGCCCAUUGCCUCCUUCAGCUGUUCCCUUCCUGGCAGGUGCGGGAUAUCAGGAGCUCCCCAAGGGAGGGGCCGUCCUGGCUGCCCUCUUCCCUGUGUGCACAUUGCCCCUCAGAUCUUUUGUGGUUUUACCUGAUGGCUUCUUCCAGGAAGCUAGCUGGUACACUGGAAGCGGGAGAGAGAGGGAGAGCCAUAGUGCCCUCAGGAGGACUGGGGUUGACGCACCCACUUCCCCCCCAACUUCCCCCUGCACUUUUCCCUCCCCCUCCCAGGUCCGCUUCCUUCAGUUUGUAAAGUUGGUGAUUAUAUUUUUGGGGGCUUUCUUUUUAUUUUUUAAAUGUAAAGUUUAUUUAUAUUCCAUAUUUAAAGUUGUAAAAAAAAAAGCCACGAAACCAAACCAAACGAAUCCUCC